AUGGCUGGUCCGAGGAUAAGCAUGUUCCUAGUCGAGGGGGGGUCCAGCGACGCCGACAAAGUCUCGAGACGCGGCGGCCAGGAGAGUUUGUCGCCGAGCCUUUUUGUCGGCAGCUCCGCCCAAGGGCAAGAGAUCUGCCAUAUCCGAGAAGGUCUCGAUAGCAAUGAUGCAAAGCUACCCUAG